UUUGGCUUGUAUCAACUGGAAUGCUGGGUACCUCGAACGGCCCGUCUCUCUACUCGUCGCUCUCGUGAACUAGCUGACAGUGGUUCUGCUGCUUACACUAUCGCGGUUUGGAAGAAUUGAAAAAAUGAAGUGGUGCUUCGUAGCUUCUCUUCUCACCGUCCUCACCAGCUCUCAGGGGAUCUUAACAACUCUAUCGCAAACCAAUGGAAAAUACAAAUACGAUUACGCCACCAUCCCUUUCCUUGCCGAGGUUUUCAAGCUUAUGGUAUCAGGUGUUUUUCUAUGGAGAGAGCGUAAGAAAUCGCCUCCGCCGAAAAUGACAACGGAUUGGAGGACUGUUCGAUUGUUUCCCAUUCCUUCCGUCAUUUACUUAAUCCAUAAUAAUGUCCAAUUUUCUACUCUUAUGUAUGUCGAUACUUCUACGUAUCAGAUAAUGGGCAAUUUGAAAAUUGUCACUACUGGAAUUUUGUUUAGGUUGUUUCUUAAGAAGAAGCUCUCUAAUUUAAAGUGGAUGGCUAUUGUUUUAUUGGCUGUUGGAACGACCACGAGUCAGGUCAAAGGAUGUGGAGAAGCUUCAUGUGACUCCCUCUUCUCAGCACCAAUUCAAGGAUACAUGCUAGGAAUUUUGUCGGCUUGUCUUUCGGCAUUGGCUGGUGUUUAUACAGAGUUCCUGAUGAAGAAGAACAACGACAGCUUAUACUGGCAGAAUAUACAGUUAUACACGUUUGGUUCAAUCUUCAAUAUGGCACGGCUGGUUAUGGAUGAUUUUAGAGGUGGAUUUGAGAAAGGACCUUGGUGGCAACGGCUGUUUAAUGGGUACAGCAUCACAACUUGGUUGGUUGUGCUAAAUCUAGGUUCUACUGGUCUGUUGGUUUCAUGGUUAAUGAAAUAUGCUGACAAUAUAAUCAAGGUGUAUUCCACAUCGAUGGCCAUGCUAUUAACAAUGGUUCUAUCCGUGUUCCUCUUCAGUUUCAAGCCAACACUUCAGCUUUUCUUGGGGAUCAUUAUAUGCAUAAUGUCACUACAUAUGUACUUUGCUCCUCCGAAUAUGCUCGUAGACAUGCCGUCGACAAUUAAAUCAGAUCCAGAGAGCCUUGUCAAUGUUCCAGUUGAUCCCAAAACAGAUUCAUGAUGACCGGCAAGCAUCUUUUUUUUUUCUGAAUUAGCUGAGGAGAGAUCGAAAAAGAAAUGGCCAUGAACCGUGGAUUCAGUCGGAAAACACGGGGAUUGCAAGGUGAGAAGCCUGGCAUCGCCGGCUGGAAUCUUUGUGUUGGUAUUUCAGCUACUGGUAACUAUGGUAGAAAUCAAAGUACCAUAAGUGGAUCAUACUUUUAUGUAUACAAACUUUUGUUUCGUUUACAAACCUACUCGGUUAUUUUAGCUGUA